AUGGGGCUGGGGAGUCUCCUCAUCCCCCUCCUUGUCCUCGGGGUGGCCGGUUCCCGGCUGCAGAUAUUCACAGAUCCCUCCUCCCGGGCCCUGCUGGGCUCUGGGGUGCUGCUGAAAUGUCGAUUCGACGUCGGGGGGCCGGUCGAUCUGAGCUCCCUGCGGGUUCAGUGGUAUCUGUUUGAGGAGAGGAUUGCGCAGUACGACCAGGCCAGGGGAGAAUCCCAGCCUGGAGCGAGUGUGUCAGAACAGGAGUUGAAGACGGGGGACGCCUCCCUCUUGCUCUCCAGUGUGAGGGUGUCGGAUGAGGGGCCGUAUAAAUGCGUCGUUGGUUACGGUACGGAGCAGCUGCAGGGACAGACGACCCUCCGUGUGCUCGCUGCUCCCAGACUCUCCAUCCCCCAGCGAUCGGCCGGGACAGACGCAGCGACGUCCUUCCCCUGCCACGUGUGGGGAUUCUACCCCGGGGACGUCACCGUCACGUGGCUGAGAGACGGGCGGGUUCUGACCGACGUCACCCGCUCUGCCCCCCAGAGGAACCCGGACGGGACCUUUAACCUCACCCUGACCCACACCUUCACCCCCAGCGCGAGCGACUCCGGCAGCAUCUUCUCCUGCCGCGUCACCCACGCGGCUCUGGCCCAGCCCCUGCGGGAGGAGUUCCCCCUGGAUGUCACAGGAGCGGAUCACACCAGAUCCGCGAUCAGGGCGACCCUGGGGAUCCUGGUCGCAGGGGGAGCUGCAGCAUUAGCCAUUUACUGCCGGAGGAGGAGGCGGGAAGCCCGGCCGCAGGUGUCCGGGAUCCAGGUGUUACCGCACUGGGAGCCCCGGGACGAGGUGCCGUUUGCCGUCCAGAUCCAGAACUUUUACCCCAGGGAGCUUCACCUUAUCGAGUGGAGCUGUGAUGGGAAAGUUUGGGAAAAAUCUGAACCAACCGACUACAGCCAGAACCCGGAUCUCACGUUCAGCGCUACCAGCAUCUGGAGAAUCCCCAGCCGGGAACUGAACCGUCUGGGGCUCAGAGUCCGAGUGUCCGUUCAGCAAAGCCCAGGAGAUCCCCCGAUCAAGAGAGAGAUCGAAGCCGAGGACACAGCCCCAGCUGUGUCUGAAAUCUCCAAACCUGAGUCAGUGACGGAGGGGAAGGAAAUCACCCUGAGCUGCCGCAUGACGGGGCAUUUCCCCGGGGUGCUGAGUGUGACCUGGUUCAGGACACAGAGAUCUACAAGCACUCGAUUUGUGGGACAGGUGAAGGGAGACAUCCUGGUUCCUCUAGAAAACUCUGCCGAGUACAGAAUUGACCCCGGAGCUCCCUGCACACAGGACGGGAAAAGCUUCCAGCAGGAGACGAGACUCAGCUUCACCCCCUCGGUGCAGAGAGACAAGUGGCAAGAGUACAUCUGCCAGGUGGGGCACGUCACCCUACAGACCCCCCUGGAGAGACGCAGUGGGGAGCUGUAUGUGGAAGUCCCACAGGCUCCAGUUCUGGGCGAGAUCUCCCGGCCACAGGUCCUGAUCCCCGGGGAGCCGGUUACACUGAGCUGCCAAAUAUCCAGGUUCUACCCCAAGGAGCUGAGCGUGACCUGGCACCGACGGGGAAGGGGAGAAUCGGCGUUCCGGUGCUUAGACAACCCGGAGACCCACAAGAUUGACACCCCAGACCCCACAGCCGCAUAUGACAGGAAAUCCUAUAACGUGACAUCCCAGCUCUGCUUCACCCCCGUGCUGCUCGAGGACGAGGGGGCAGAGUACCGGUGUUCUGUGGAACAUCAGACCCUACAGGAGCCUAAAGCAAAAUCCACUGGGCUGCUGGAGCUGCGAGGUGGCCCGCUUCUGGAUGGAGACAUGGCCAUUUUUUGACCGUCGUGCACUCACGCUACGGCCGGUGCUGGGGAGAGAGAGAGAGCCAGCUGCAAACUGCUCGUAGAGGAGAGAACAAACUGACCCCUUGUGAUGCUGUGUGAUUGACAUGUGACUGUGUACAGCCUUGGUGUGGCCACUGUGCUACAACUGCAAGAGAACUUGUACCAAGUGCGUCAUGUCCGGUGUCACUGGAAAAGUUGCGAAUAGCUAAGUAUGGCUAUCCUGCUUAUAUGUGUACCACCCCCCCGCCCCCGUCCACUGGCCCAGUGUGAGGUUGUUCCAGAUAGGGGAAGCCUCUUUGUGACCUUUUACACAACUUUAGGGGACUGGGCCUGAGGCUCCUUUGUGUGCUCUGCGUUGUGUGUCAGUGUGUUCACUCAGACCAGACCCACCAGGUACAGGCUUUAUUCUGUAAAGAACAUAGAACAGGAUCACAGUCCAGCAGCCCCUCUGCCAGCCUGCUCCAUGCUCCCAGCCCAGUCCGUGCAGAGACUCUGGGCGGGGAGGGCAGUGGGUACCUCCCGGCAGGAACCAGGCCAUUCUCCCAGCAUGCUGCAGUUUGUACUCCACAACUUGCCAUUUCCAGGACUGCUGUUGAAGCCCACUGGCCCUUGGGCUACAGAUGCAUGUAUCAGUUUUGUAUGUGAUAUUAUCAAUAUUGACUGUGCCCCUGUAUCAGCGUUGUGUUUGUCUACACUGGCAAGCUACUGUGCUGAAACUUUCUCGCCCAGGGGAGUGAAAACUCACCCCCCUGAGUGCAGCAAGUCUGAGUGCUGUAAAGCACCAGUGUAGACGGGCUCCAGUGCUGGGAACCACGCUCCCGUGCCCCUUGUGGAGGUGGUUUACAGAAAGCGCGACCACACUGUCCCUUUAAGGCUCUUUAAGCUGCUAAGUGUAGACUCAGGCUACGUCUACACUAGAAAGUUCAAAGUGCUGCUGUCUGAGCGCUCCCACAGCAGCACUUUGAUGUGCGAGUGGGGUUGUGCGUGAGCGUUGGGAGAGGGUAAUCCAUCUCCACGCGCCUGGUAAUCCACCUCUACGAGGGGAGUCGCUCCGAGCGCCGGGAGCCUGUCUACACUAGCGCUUUAAAGCGCUCAGACUUGCUGAGCUCAGGGGGGUGAUUUUUUUCACCACUGAGCCAGCAAGUUAGAGCGCUAUAAAAUGUACGUGUAGAUAAGCCCUUAGCCCUUGUGUUUGUUCCUGGGGUAACACCCAUCAGGCUGUUUACAUCCAGUCUAGCCAGCACAAUGUGAAUGGACUAUUCAAGUUUGAUGGCCCAUUAAAGGACACUCCACUAACCAUAGAGGAAGCUGGUCCCGCCUAGGGUGACCAGAUGUCCCGAUUUUAUAGGGACAGUCCCGAUAUUUGGGGCUCUCUCUUAUAUAGGGUCCUAUUACCCCCCACCCUCUGUCCCAAUUUUUCACACUUGCUGUCUGGUCACCCUAGUCCCGCCAGGUGAGCCUUCCUGUGGACGCCCCAGCCAGAAUCCGGGUAAUGGCUGCCGCUGUGAGUCAGCAAGGCGUCUAAAGUCAUGUGACGUGCUCAUGUGACCCUGGGCUCCAUCUUGGGCCAGUAAUUUUCCACACACUGUGCCUGUGGGCUUUGUUUGGGACCGUAAAAUUCCCAGCACAUGGCAGAGGCUAUAAAAGACCCCUGAGACAUCUCCAAUUUGUCUUCAUUUCCUGCUCCGAUUCUCUGGACUGGAUUUACAGCUACAAGGGUCAUUUGAACUAUGGACUGAGGACCAUCCAAUCUUUUGGAAAUUGGCCACAAGACUUUACAAGCCAGCCGUCUUGUCCAUCACUGAUUCACUGCUGCAGCCCUGAUCCAAGAACAUUGCCAUUAUUGUAUGCAUAUGAGCUAGUAACCAUGUUUAACACUUGCCUUCUUUUCUCUAUUAAUAAACCUUUAGAUAGCUACUAAA